AAGGUACUAAUACACUCUGUUUAGUGGUCAAGAGGGUACAAAGAUGUCCCUCUGAAGGUACUGCCCCAGUGAUAAGCUGUUGUACUGGUAAAUUUUUUGCACAUUUGUCUGACAGUGUACAAGGAGUGCAGUAGGAAGUGCUUUACAAUAAUAAUAAUAAUAAAAAGUCAAGAAACAUAUCACAUGAAAACAAAUAAAAAUACCAUAAUCUAAGUUUAAGACUCGAAAAUCACUUUAUAAUGACAAUAAAAGAUAAACGUAAAAUUAGAAGUUAAUAGCUAUGUUUUAUACAAUAUCUGGCUUCCAUAACAUCUAAUAAAAUCUAUUGGUGAUGUAUUCCAAAGACACAGCUAUAAGCUACAUUACACUGAAUAAUGCAACAUUGAAUAAAAUCACUCCUAAUUGUAAAUAUCCUAUCAUCAGGUGAAAUCGAAUGGCUUAUAAUUAUUUUGAUGCAAUUAAAAACACAAAAAGAUCACUGGUGGUUCACGGCACCUGAACCCAAUAAUUCAAACAACUGAGAAUAAAUCUAUAGGUGACCUCUAUUUUUAUUUCUAGACAUUCAGACAAACGAAAUGAAGGUUUUACAGGCUGUGUUAUGCGUGGUUAGCGUCCUUCAGCUCUGUCAUGGAGUCUCCAGUAGUGGAGAAUGCUACUUCAACGCAAAAGCCAGCUGUGAGCACAACGGCCGUGUAUUUGACAUCGGGGAGGCCUGGAUAAAUGACGAAUGUUUCCAGUGUGUGUGUUUCGAGCCUUUUGGAGUGGGCUGCUGUGAACAUGGAAAGCAGCCAGUCGAUUUCCCGCCCUGGUGCGAGGCCAUUAGAAAACCAGAUUCCUGCACAGUUGCUGUAGUGAUGAAGGCCAACCAUAAACUUCCCUGUCUGUUUGGGGGGAAAACCCGCCUGUGGAAAUCAGAGAACGACCCACUCUUCUAGACUGCACUAGUGAAUUAACAUAUGCAAAACACUAUUCAAAUAUACAGCGUUUUCACCAUGUUUCACAAUGUACAUGUAGGUACACACUGUUCGAUAUUUUACUGUUUUUUGAAAAGUUUUUUUUAAAUAAUAAUUUAAAAUAACUGUAUUCUAUUGUAAUAUAUUUAGAAAAUGUUAUUCCGGUGAUAGCGAAGCUGAAUUUCAGCAGCCUUUACUCCAGUCUUCAGUGUUACAUGAUCCUUCAGAUUUUAGUUGAGCUGCUUAAUAGUUUUGACCCAAACAUUUGAACAGUAGAGUAAUAUUAUUUAAAACGAGUGAAUCUGAAGUACAGAAGGGUCUUAAUUAUCUAAUAAUCCGAACCUCUUCAGAAAGUUUCUUAGCAUUUCAAGAUUCUAAAAAUGUCAUUUUAAAAUAAUUUAAAUCAUUGUAUGUAUAUCAUGACUUAAAACUAAAAGGUGACAUUAGAUUUUUUUUCCAGCAAUGAACAAACCGUACUGAUGCCCAUCUCAAAACUGGUAUUUUUGUCUCUAAAUAAAUAUUAGUGACCGUUGGAAAGUGCAUUUUUCGGUUUCUAGUAUUCACACUACAGAUAAUUUUUUUAUAAAAUGGCAAUAACCAUCUGAAUGUGCAAGAAAACCAGAAGAGACUUCGAUCCUGAGAAACACUGGUUCAGUGACAGUAAAAAUCAUGGUCUUUAUUAAAAAAAAAAAAAAAUUAAGUAUCAUUACACAAGAAACAGACAGUAACAAGU